AUGGAAAUUCGUGAAGAAAGUGGAAAAAAAUAUGAAUUUAGUGGCAUUAUUGCAGCCCAUUGUUCUGAUGUGAAAUGUAUUGUUGCAACCGAUUUAGGGCAGAUUAUCUCCAGUAGUCGUGAUGAAUGCGUUAAAGUUUUCUCAGAAAGGAAUAACGGUUACGUGGAAGAUAUAUCAUUUGCAAAUGGUGAGAGGUUAGCUGUUAAUGCAGUAACAUUUUAUCUAUGUCCAAAAUAUGGCUGGCUAAUUUUUGCUGGUCGUAAAGAUGGUUCAAUUGCGGUAUAUAGAUCCGAUAACGAUAAACCUACCCGUAUAUUGCAUGAGCAUAAAAUGAACGUCUGUACGCUGCAUGUUGAUGCUGAAAAUGGAAAAUUAAUGAGUGGCUCAUGGGACAAUAAUGCAAUAAUAUGGCCAAUUCACGAAAUUGUUAGCAGCUCAGAUUUUAAUGCACUGUGUUUAGUAGGUCACAGAUUAUCUGUUUGGGCGGUCGCUUCCAUACCUGAACGAUCGGAUUUUUAUCUCACUGGUUCAGCGGAUUUGACAAUUAAGUUUUGGAAAGGUGACAAUGAAAUAAACACAUUUUCUGGUCAUGAAGAUGUUGUGCGAUCUCUUGCAGUAUUAUCAAAGCAUAGAUUCCUUUCGGCUGCUAAUGAUUUCACAAUUCGUUUGUGGGAUAUUGAUUCUGGUGCUUGUCUUCAAAGAUAUAGUUCCUUAAGUGGGGAAUAUAUAUAUAGUUUGGCACAUGCUAACAUAUCAGGGCAUAAUUUAUUAGCUAAUUCUGGUGAAGGUGGUUUCCUGGAAAUAUGGGAUGUGAGUGACGAUGGUUCACUAACUCAUAAACAGUUGAUUAGGACACCAGCACAAAGCCUUUGGUCUCUUACUUUCCUAAAAAAUAAUGAUAUUGCUGUUGGUGCUGAUGAUGGCAACAUUUAUAUUUUCUCUGCAGUAGCAAAUCGAAAAGCAAGUGCUAUUGCGAUGGAAUCAUUCCAAGCUGCUGUAGCUAAAAAAAUUUCUGAAGUCGAAGCAAUCCUAGCUGCUCAGCAGAAUGAAAUAGUUAAAAUCAAAGUAGCGUUGGAUGAUGGCGAACCACAUAUUGAAUUACGAUAUAAAAAAGGAUCAGAUCCAUAUGAUGCUGCGCAGACAUUUUUAAUGGAGAACAAUUUACCUGCAUCAUAUUUGAAUGAAGUUGCGCAGUAUAUUAUCGAGAAUAUACCGGAAGCACGUCAAGCAACUAAUAGGAAGAUAGCUCAAUCACAGUCGGCUGAAAAAGUUAUCAUGGAUGGAAAGGAGUGGGAUUAUGUUUUUGAUGUAACAACCGAAGACGGACAAAUUUUGAAAUUACCAUAUAACGUAGGCGAUGAUACGAAUUUGACAGCGCAACACUUUAUUGAAAAACAUAAUCUUCCUAUAAAGUUUUUGGAGAAAAUUUCUACGCUUCUUCGUCUUCAAGUUCCUGGAGCACUUGGCAGCACUAGCAGUGCAGGAUUUGGUAAUUUCAGUGAUCCAUUCACAGAAGGGCGUUAUGUCCCCGCUGAAACUGAAAAUCGUCAAACUUCAAAUGGGGUAGGAUUCGCAACGGAUCCUUUUACUGGUGGAAGUGCAUACAUUUCAAAUUCUAGUUCAAUGAUGCCAAAUGAUCGCUUGCCAAUCGAUAAAAAACGGCCGCGUAGUGAACUUGUUCCAUUAUCCAGUUUCUUCCAGUUUGGUAUUGAACAAGCCUCAACUAAAGCAAUCGUAAAGCUCAGAGAAUUAAAUGAGAUGCAAACUAAAUAUAAGUUGAGCGAAGAACAAUUGUGCGCUCUCGAAGAUAUUUUGAAAACUUCAACAUAUGAUCCACGAGAUAUUCAUGUUUCUGCAAUCGAUACAGGUUUUGGAUGGAAUAUGGAUACAAUUAUUCCUGUUAUGGAUAUAUUUCGGUUAGCACUUUUGAAUCGUACCUUGAAUAGAAUUUAUUGUUCUUUGGAUAUGGAAGGUGAAAAAUCGGCCAGAGGUUUGGAAACUAUACAACGGUUGACUAAUUUUUUAGUAAGUGCCAGUUCCGAUCCAAUUCGUAUUUUGGCAUGUCGAGCUAUGGCCAAUUCUGCUAUGCAUCAGUGGGGUCGUACAAUGCUCAUCCAUGAUGUUAAUACAACACUUAAGUAUGUUGCUGCACAGUUGAGUAGUGCGAAGCAUGCUUUGCAACUUGCCGCAGCGACAGCAUUAGCAAAUUGGGCGUUAAUUUUGUUACGUCAUACAGAAUCUGGAAAAAUAGCUGAGCUUGGUCCACGCGAAGAUGCAUUGCGAGCUAUUAUUCAGGCUAUUGGUAAUGUCGUUAGUUUUGGUGAUUUCAAUCAAAUAGCAUUAAUACGACUUCUUCAAGCAAUUGUAACAUUGAUGUGGGGCGAUGUUGCUAUUAUUCAGUUGGCCAAAGGACGGGAUAUCAUUGGGAUAGUAAACCGAAUUAAAGAUGCUGUUGUUGAUGAAUCCGGAAAGGCUGUUGCAAGAGAUAUCAUAGAGAUGGCUUAUUCAUUGUGA